GUGUGCUGUUCCCUCACCUGGGGAGAUGCUCGCUACCAACCAAACAGCUGCUGAUCAAGAAGUAAAAGAUGAGAGGCAUAUUAAUUACUGAGCCAAACUCCAACUAUUAUGUAUAGGACCGCGGACGACGCGUGACCUUGAAAAUCAUAGUUAAAUGAAAAACUAUGUGCUUAUCGCAGUGACAAUGACGGAAGCCUAGAUGAGUUAUGCAAGAUCGCUAAGGUAUCAGUUUUAGGCCAAGAGACCUUAAACAAGUUCAGUAGUGACCCUAAGAUGACUGUGGGAUGACGACCCCAAUAAGAAUUCAUAAGCUGAACGGCGGGAUGACCACGUAAUGUGCAGUGGAUGACAAGGACUGAGGAAACAUUGCCAAAAAUUACUGAAGAGCCGAGUUUGUGUGAGGUCUUUGGGCUCUGUAGCAAUGUUGCUCUGGUCAGUGAGUAUCCCUGGCGGGAGAGGUGCUCCUGGCGGUUGUCCUUUACCUCUGUAUGGGAGCUUGGUCUAAUGCGUCGCUCCUCGCCACUAACACUGCUCUUCCCGCGGCAGAGUUUCUGUCGGGCGAAGCAUAGGUUGCCAGAUUGUCCUACAAUAUUGUGUAAUAUUCAUGCAAAAGAAUUUAGGCCUAGUGACAGUAACUGCCACCAAAUCAGAUAAUAAUUAACAUGAUUGACAGAGCAUUGUUCUAUUCCCUAAGACUGUAACUAUCCGGGCCGUUUCGCGCUGUUCUGUCAUGGAAAACAUCACCCAGACCUCAGAGCCCGAGCUGUGUGCUGGCGUGAUGUGCCCGCUGGAGCCUGACGAGUUUAAGGCUCUUGAGGGACACGGUAACUCCGGCAUCGCCGGGGACGAGGUCAAUCCUUUCACUGGCCAGUUGGAGUCAUUUCUGAUGAGCUCGGUGCUUCCUGCUGGGGCUAACCAGACCCUCCACUGGCAGGAGAUCAUAGAUAUCCUGCAGGAGACCAACCAGAAGAGUUACCUGGGCACGGCCGCCAAGGUCACCCUCAUCACCAUCUACUCCCUCCUCAUUAUUGUUGGUAUCCUGGGCAACCUGAUCGUCGCCUUCGUCAUUGGCCGCCGUUCGGAGCUCAGGACGGCUCGCAACGUAUACAUUGUCAACCUCACUGUGUCUGACGUCAGCAUGUGCCUCGUAUGUAUGCCGUUUACGCUUGUUGGACUCCUUCACAAAAACUGGAGUUUGGGCAACUUUAUCUGCAAGUUAGUGCCAGUGUUGCAGUGUACCAAUAUAUUAGUGUCUACAGCGACUAUCGUGGCUAUCGCCGCUGAUCGUUAUUUAACGAUAGUCUGCGUGAAGAGAAACAAAGACGCUCGGGCGUACAUACCGUGGUCCAUAGCGGUCAUUUGGCUUGUGUCUUUAGUGUUUCCCCUGCCACUCUUCGCCUACUACUUCGUGAAGAGGGUGCAGAUCAAGGAUUACCUCCUGUACGAGAAGUGUAUGGAGUCGUGGUCGUCGCCGGUCGUGAAGUACACGUGGAAUAUCACGCUCAUCGUCAUGCAGUACAUCAUCCCCAUCUUGGUGCUGAGCUUCGUGCACGGGAGGAUCCAGAACUACCUCAGCAGCCACAAGAUGUCCCAGCGCGACGCCCGACGAGCCCAGCGGGAAAUAGAGCGCAACAGACGGACCACCAUUCUUCUUACCUCUAUCGCUGUCACCUUCGCCAUCUGCUGGCUGCCCUGGCACGUCGUCAAUCUCCUCGCCGACUUCAACUACGCCGGCUUCCAGGAACCCGGAUACUUCUACGUGGUUUUCGGGUCCUGUCACGCCGUCGCUAUGAGCUCGGCCUGCAUCAAUCCCAUCCUGUACGGUUGGCUCAACACCAACCUGCGCAAGGAGAUGAUGCAGGCCAUUCCUAUACUACUAAGGAAGACUUCGUGUCCGCUACGACGGCCUGGUAAGCCAGCCAGCACAGUCUCGACGAAGCAGCCGACGGUGGAGAGCGUGUCCCUGCUGGUACACGGGCCGCAGAGGGACGGCUCCUGCGGCAAGGAAGGCUCCGGGAGGGGCAUAUCAGCGGCUCAGAUCAACGACAACCAUCUAACGAAGUCGCCCUUUCUCAGGAUGGAGUCAGCGACGAUGGAAGAAGUCACUGAUCAGAUCCACGAGGAGACCUAGCAGGCUCGGUGUGGACCGUAGGGACGACAACGAAGACUUGGAUAAGAGAAGAACAACGAGAGAAUGGGAGAGAAGAACAAGAAGAAACAGUAUACACCGAUGUUCGCCUGCUGCUCUGACGAAUGAUACUGCCUCAAGAGAAUGAUAUCAUUAUUUCUAGCAGAUAUACCAUACAAAGAUCGCUGGAGGAGACUGAUGCCUGGAGGCUUCGUAGGAGUGGGAGGAAUACGUCCAUGGCCCUUAUUAAUACUCGUGGACCUUGGGUGUGUGCUGGCAAACUGAGGGUUGUGCUUUGUAACAUAAAUGUAACACAGAAACUCUGAAAUGUAAGCUCAUUAUAAUCUGUGUGUGUGUGUGUGUGUGUGUGUGUAUGCUGUAUAUAUACAUACAGUAUAAUGAAAUUUGCAGAUAGAAAAGUGCACGAGCCAAGAGUGCGCUGCUCAAUCGUUGAUGAUUUGCUAUUGUGCCUGUAGGAUUGUACAGUUAGCUAUUGGACCCAGCCUUUCUAACCAUCGGUUGUCUAUGUAUUGACUCGCACCAUACUUUUAUAUCUAAUAUAUAUAUAUAU